CAGUUUAGAAAAAACACUACAGAGGGAAGUCCAUGUAUCAGUGUUUUAUAUUCUUUGAUGGUUUCACUACCUAGAAAUCUGACUGAUGUGAAGUCUUAAAACUGCAUUGAAAUGCACUGAAUAUAUACCAAUGGAGAAGGAUCCUGAAUACACUAUCUAGCUUUACAAGAGCCUGAAUAGGAAGACAAGCAUGCAUAUUACCAACUAAGGUUUCUUCAGAUUGAGAAGCUUCAAGCAGUUAUCAGUCCUCUCAACUGCCAGCUCAGAAUGCCUUAAUUUAAGAAUAUUGUAAUGUAACAUACUUGAGACUGGGGCUUGUGCUGUAAAAUAUGAAAUGGAUACAACACUUUAUAUUCUUUUAUUUUGUCUAAUGUGGCAAUAUUGUUAUUUGAAUGAAGCCCAUGAAGCCCCUGAACAAUGCAGCAACGUGUUGUCCAAUAAACAAGUAAAGCCUAUAAAUGUAUCUGUGAAUGUCAGAGAAAGAGUUUUAUAUCUGUCUUGGGACUGUGAUUUUCCUCCAGAGAUCCAAAGCAAGACGGAAUAUGAAAUCUAUUUGAAACAUGCUAAAGAAGAUGAUGACCAAUACAAAUAUGAAAUUGCGAUAAAAAAAUGUAGCACAACUAUAACCUUGGGAACACUUUCAUCUGCUUGUGUCAAAGUGACUCCUGCUAUUAAUGAGGAAGAAUGUCAAUAUCUUUCAUCAGAAAAAUGUGUAAAUCUUGAGAGAAAUUGGACCUCAGCUGAAAAUGUAUCUUGCAGAGUUUAUAACACAUCUUCAAUGACAUGUACAUGGAUGUUUGGAAAAAAUGCUCCAGACAGCACUUCAUACAUACUUUCUCUCAGACAAGGAACUACAAAUGUGCGAUGUCAACAAUACGAAAAUAAAAUCCAAACAAGGACUGGUGCCUGCACAUUUCAUGAUUUGAGACUACACUUCUUCAAUGAUGUCACUAUAGUUUUACAAGGCUCAGAUCCUGGGAUAGAGGUGUUUGAGGAAAAAAUUAAGCUUGCACACAUAGAAAUGUUUAAUCCGCCAAGAGACAUUUCAGUGACAUCAUUUGAAGACAUCCUUACAAUAUACUGGAAAAGUCCACAAAAACAGUAUUCUGUUGGUGAUCAUUGUUUCAAGUACAACAUUGAAAAGAACAAGUUUCAGUACGAGCCUGAAACUAAAGACAAUCUAUACACGAUUCAAAAUGUGGAAAAGGAAUGCUCAGUCAGAAUCAGAGCCAGUGGAAUAGAGGGGUGUGAAAUGAAUACAAACUGGGGAGAAUGGAGUGAAUGGAUAUCUUGCGGUCCCAUGCCCAUGGUUGGCAAAUCGGAAUGGCAGUUUGAAUUGACUCCAGUGAUUUUGGUAUCUGGCCUUAUGUUAGUUCUCCUAAUAAUUACUACUCUGCAGUACAAAAGGAUUGUGAAAACAUGUUUUCCACGGAUUCCUCAGCCAAAGAAUUAUUUAGUAACUACAGAAGACAGUAAAAUUAAUUUAGAGAGCAAUGAACAUUUUUCUCUAAAGCUUCAAACAUCUGAGACAGAAGAAUGCAUUAUUAUCGUUAAGGAAAACUUUUCAUGAAAAUGAAAUGAUCAAAGUAAUAACUACCGGUAAUCAAAAAGGAAAAGUUUACAUUCUGUUAGGCCCGUACACACGGACGGAUAAUCCGCUGAAAGCGGUCCGCCGGACCGUUUUCAGCGGACAUGUCCGCCCG